AUGAAGUGCAAGUUUCUAAGAGGAUGUGUAAACAAGUGGAAGAAAAUGAGGAAUGAAUUUUUGGCAACACCUUGUAACUAUUGGUUUAGAUUAUCGUCUUCUAUUCCCAAGGAUGUUCCAAAGGGUCACUUGGUUGUUUAUGUAGGAGAGAAUUGUAAGAGAUUUGUCAUCAAGGUUGUAUUGCUUAAUCAUCCACUUUUUAAAGCUUUGUUGGAACAAGCUCGAGAAGAAUAUGAUUUCAUUGCUGAUUCUAAACUUUGUAUUCCUUUUGCUGCUAUAAUUAAGGAAGGUGAGGCAAGGAUCAAGGAGCAGUUACGUGACUGUGCUAAUACGCCCCCGCAAGAUGGAGGAGUGGUCAACGACACCAAUCUUGGAGAGAAGAAACUCAUGACGAGGUCGAGAGAGUGGUUUCGUUAG